GAAAAUUUGAACUUACGGUUUUCCCGCGCAUUUACAAUAGUAAACGGAUCUCCGUAAUCUAUGUGAAUACGACCCUCUCUAUCUUUUCUCCUACUCGCCUGUCUCCCUGCGAGAUCGCCUCACUGGAUAAAGAGACCUAGUAGAGCCGGGAGGCCGGGAAGGGGCGAAAUGAUCACCCCCUUUAUCUGCGCCGGCUGCGACAAGCCGAUCAUGGAGCGCUACCUCAUGAAGGUGCUGGACAAGUCGUGGCACGUCCAGUGCGUCAAAUGCUCCGAGUGCCAUUGCGCGCUGAACGAGAAGUGUUUCUCGAGGGAGAGCAAGCUCUACUGCAGGAACGACUUCUUUAAGUUGUAUGGGACCAAGUGCUCGGGCUGCAAGACAGGACUAUGUCCGGAGGACAUGGUGCGGAAGGCGAUGGACAAGGUGUACCAUCUGUCCUGCUUUUCCUGCUCCCUGUGCAGGAAAGAGCUGCAGACUGGCGAGCAGCUGUUCCUCGUCCAGGGAGAGAAGUUUCUCUGUGAAAAGUGUUACCAGCUGUCGAUUCAGAGUCUAGCAGCCACCAACACUGCUGGAGGUGGUGCAGCGACCUCCAUGACCUUACCCACCGCCACAACAAACAUGCCCAAGUCUGAAGCCCUCAAGUUUGCUACCUCCCCCAUGUCGGUGGGGGCUGAGUCCCCACAGGCACACCUCCCAACCACGCCCUCCACACCCCACUCCCUCCCUACACCCACCGGAGUUUCGGGUGGAGAUGGGAAGAGGUCAAAGGGCAGAACCACCAUUAGCCCCCAGCAGCUUGAGGUUCUAGUAGAGGUCAGUAGCUACAGUUUUAGAAGAGUGUGUGAAUGUUGUGUAAUUGUGUGUCAGGCACCCUGAAAAACUGUGUAGUGUCAUACCUAAACUUUUGUGAAGAUACCAAAGGUGGUAGGUGUCCCAGUUUCAACAUUAAUUAACAGCACUGGUUGGUAUGUGUGCAAAUGAAAUAUCACGUGUGCAUAAUGAAGUUAUUGAAUCGGAUCAUUGUAUGCCGUUCCGCUAUCAGCAACUCC